CUCCCCACCUGGGCCGCCUGCUGCUCCCGGAUGGUCCAGGCUAUUCAACAAUAGUUAUGAACUCCCGGCUACGUGCUUUGGGUGGGAGAAUAAAUAAUAUACGAGUCUCAGAACUGCCAAAAGAGAAGACACGAUCAGAAAUCAUCUGUAAUCUUCACUUCUUAGAUGGCUUGGUACAGACAUUCAAAGUUAAUAAACAAGAUACUGGUCAAGUUCUCUUGGAUAUGGCUUUUAAUCACUUGGGUAUAACAGAAAAAGAAUAUUUUGGUUUGCAACAUGGUGAAGAUGCAAUGGAUUCUCCUAGAUGGCUUGAAUCCACUAAACCAAUCCGAAAACAACUCAAAGGACCUUUCCCAUGUACCUUGAAUUUUCGAGUAAGAUUUUUUAUACCUGAUCCCAACACAUUGCAGCAAGAACAAACAAGGCAUUUAUACUUCUUGCAGCUGAAGAUGGAUAUUCUCGAAGGAAGGUUAAUCUGCCCUCUUAAUUCUGCAGUUGUUCUCGCAUCAUAUGCAGUACAAUCUCACUUUGGAGACCAUAACUCUUCACUGCAUCUUUCAGGAUAUCUUUCCGAUAGCCAGUUUAUACCAGAUCAGAAUAACGACUUUGUAACCAAAGUAGAGGCACUGCAUGAACAGCACAGUGGCCUCAAGCAAUCUGAAGCAGAAUCUUGCUUUAUUAACAUUGCCCGAACACUAGAAUUUUAUGGAGUGGAAUUGCACAGUGGUAGAGAUCUGCAUAAUUUAGAUCUGAUGAUUGGAGUUGCUGCGGCUGGCAUUGCUGUCUACCGCAAACAUAUUUGCACAAGUUUCUAUCCUUGGGUGAACAUUCUAAAAAUCUCCUUCAAAAGAAAAAAGUUUUUUAUACAGCAACAUCAAAAGCAUAAUGAAGCCAGAGAGCACAUCAUUGCCUUCAAUAUGCUAAGUUACAGAUCUUGCAAAAACUUAUGGAAAUCCUGCGUGGACCACCAUACAUUUUUUCAAGCAAAGAAAACAAUAUCUCGUGAAAGAAAUAACCUGGCACAGUACUGGACAUUAGGUUCUAAAAAUCCUAAAAAGUCUCUAAAUAACCAGUACUGCAAGAAAGUAAUAGGUGGGAUGGUAUGGAACCCAACAAAGAGAAGAUCUUUAUCAGUAGAACAUUUAGAAACCAAAAGUCUUCCUUCUCGAUCUCCUCCUAUUACUCCCAACUGGCGAAGUCCUAGGCUACGUCAUGAAAUUAGAAAACCACGGCAUUCAUCUGCAGAUAACCUUGCAAGUGAAACGACCUACCUUACAGAAACAGAAGAUGUAUUUUAUACCUACAAGGUGUCUCCAUCCUCAAAAGACAGUGAUUCAGAAUAUUCACAGAACCGAAGUCCACAGAGACAGAAUACAUUGGAAGACAGCCCAAACUCUCAGACCCAGACAUCAUCCAGUUCCUUAUCUCAGUUUUUAAAUGCUCCAGGCUGCUGUUCCCUCGAUGGAGUAGACCAUCAACUUUUAGACAGCUAUACCAGUGUUAGUAAAGGCUGCUUCACAGAAGAUUCCAAUCAGUACUACUGUGAUAAGAAUGAAGAUGGUGAUGGUUAUCUACUCUUGGUGUGUAUUACUCCAGAUGAAGAUGGAAAAUUUGGAUUUAAUCUUAAGGGUGGUGUUGAUCAGAAAAUGCCUCUUGUGGUGUCAAGAAUCAGCCCAGAGUCACCGGCUGAUAAAUGCAUUCCUAAGCUGAAUGAAGGGGAUCAAAUAGUACUAAUAAAUGGCAGAGACAUCUCAGAGCACACCCAUGAUCAAGUGGUGAUGUUUAUCAAAGCAAGCCGGGAGUCGCACACAAGAGAACUGGCACUAUUGAUCAGGAGGAAAGUUGUCCAUUCAUUUGCUGAAGUCAAGUCAGAAGAUGAAAUAAAUUGUCAACUUUUCCAAGAUUCCAUUCUCCCUAUGAAUUUAAAGUAUGACAAUACCAUAGAAGAAUCUAUAGAACAGCUAAAAGAAGGCAUAGAAAGCGGGACCGUGCUCAUUCAGUUUGAGCAACUUUACAGAAAGAAGCCAGGUUUGGCCAUCACAUAUGCAAAACUGUCUCAAAAUUUAGACAAAAAUCGCUACAAAGAUGUACUGCCUUAUGAUUGCACUCGGAUAUUACUGCAAGGAAAUGAAGAUUAUAUUAAUGCAAGUUAUGUGAACAUGGAAAUUCCUUCCACUAAAAUUAUGAACCGCUAUAUUGCCACACAAGGCCCCCUUCCGCAUACCUGUGUGCACUUUUGGCAAGCAGUCUGGGAUCAUAAGUUAUCACUUAUAAUCAUGUUGACAACACUCACAGAACGAGGACGGGGCUGGGCAAAUGCUCGCCUUCCCAGAUGCUUCCUCACACCUUUCUUUCUCCUACAGAACCAGUACAAGUUUGUGUGUGAAGCUAUCCUUCGUGUCUACAAAGACGGUCUGGUUCAACCUCUCGACUCUAGUUAACGCAGAAUACUGUUUCCCAAGAAUACAAGCUUGUGGGAGCAAGGCACAUCUGCCUGGCGUCAGCGAGAUGGAUCCUCAGAGGCUAGGAGAAGAGAAGAGAACCUUCAGACUCUGGCACUUUAAAUUUCCUUAAAAAGAAAAAAAAAAGCAUCUUGUAAAUAGGAACACAUAGAUACGCAUGCAUGCGGCCGUGUGUAAUAUGGUUCAUACACAGACGUAUGGACGGAAACUUCAAUGGUAUGCUGCUUUGCUGCUGUUGUCUAGUGGAGAAAUAAUUGGAAGGAAAGGAAGAAUCAAGGGGAGCUCGUGGCCUCUGUCUUAACUUGCCUUUAAAAGACUUUCCGGUAGGCAGCCAUA